UUUUGUUUCUGCAGGUUGGCGUCAAGAUGGCGCGCUUUCGGUGAAUAUUUGCCCUUUGUUUUCGUGCCGAGUGCCGUCUGCGGAGAUUAUUGUUAAUUCCCAUUCUCAAUAGUUAAAUGUAAAGAAGAGUGAAAACGAAGCAUGUCCGAUCUGAAGAAGCUGCUGAAGUGCCUCGAGAAAGCUCGGAAACCUGCUGAAAAACAUGCCGCAGCAGAGGAUGUUGCAGAGUACUACUUCACCAGAGGCGAUUACAGCAAAUCGCUUGAAUACUAUGAGGAAGAGCUGGAAGCAGCUCGUCAGCUUCAAAACAAAUGUAAAAUUGCUAAAGCGCAUCGAAUGAUUGGCGAGGUCAAAUUAGCGUUGCUGGAGUUUGACGAAGCUUUGAAGCACACCAAAAUAUAUUACAAUUACACCCAUGAUGAUGAGAGCCUUGUCGUUGAGAAACAAAGAGCUUUGACUACUCUUGGUAGAACAUUCUUAAUAAAAGCUGAUAAUACAAAAAACAAGGACUCUGAGGAAUGCAAAAGAGAUUAUAAACUGGCCAAAAGCUGGUUGUGGAAAAGCCUACAAAUUUGUCAAAAGCUUGAAGAACAAAAGAAGGUGCCUCCUAAUGAAAUACACGAAAUGAGAGCCACAUCAUUGCUUAGUUUAGCUCUCACUUAUGAAGGGAUGUCAGAAUGGGAUGAAGCUGCUGAGCAGUUCAACUGUGCUAUACGCAUAUGCCGCCUGAAGAAAAUUGAUAACUUGUUGCGAAACUGCUGCCUGGGAUUAGCAAGCUUGUAUCUAAGGCAAAAAAAGUUUACGGCCGCCCUCAAAUUGUACCAAGAAGCUUUUCAAACAUGUCGAUCACUGCCAGAAAAGGAGCGGGUUCCAGCUGAAGUUGAGAUUUUAUUCUCAGAAUCAGAGGGUCAUAUGUGGAUUGGUGAUGCCUACGCUGCCCGCAAGGUACUUCAAAAAGCAUACAAAAUGUUGAAAAAGUCUAACCCUCAUGCAGACGCUAUUGUUUGCCGACUGAAAAAUACUGCUGCAAUUGACCUCCUUCAAAGGAAAAUUCUUAACAAUCCGGAAAUGCCACCUGAAGAUAAAUACAAAUGUUAUGAGAGGCUUGGUGAUGCUUUUGCUCAAGAAGGGGUCUUUACCUUCGCACUUGAAAACUAUGAGAAGAUGCUUGAGUUUGGAAAGAUUGCAGACUUAGAUUUGAAGCCUUGUUAUGUAUCCCUUUCUCAAACUUGUAAAGAUUUGAAAAUGUAUGAGAAAGCAAUUAUGUACUACAAGGAAGAACUACUUUUGUGCCAAUCACCGAAAGAUGCAUGUGAUUCACUCAUGAACAUCUAUGAGUGUCAGAAAAUGCUUAAAUUACCUGUAUUGGAUCAGCUUGAAACUUUAGAGAAGGCACUUGUUGAAGCAAAUAAAGAUAACAAUAUAAAUGUUCAAAGGGAUAUUUUGUCUGACAUAGAAAAAGUUCAAAAAAAGGCUGGAAACAGUUUUGAAGCAGAGGAUGCAAAACAGAAAAGGCUCAGCCUUGGAAAUAUUUCUUCUGAGGAUGAGGAAGAUGAAAUUCAAUCAACGCCUGAUAUUGCUGAAGUUUUAAACAUAGAUAUAGAUGCAUUAUCAGAUGACAGUGACAAUGAAGAAGAGGGCCUCUUUGAAUCAACAUUCAGUGCCAAGACUAAACGCAAUCCCACUCGUUCUAAAGCCGUAACAAAAUGGAAGAAUGAGAGGGGCGAAACAAAGCUGCACAGGGCCUGUAUUCAGGGUAAUAUUAAAGCUGUCCAUACUCUGUUGGCACAAGGUGCUAAUGUGAACGCCGUAGAUUUUGCUGGAUGGACUCCAUUGCAUGAAGCUGCUAACCAUGGUCACAUUGAUCUUGUGGACUUGUUGUUGAAGCGUGGUGCAGAUAUAAACUGCAAAGGAUUAGGGGGGGUCACUCCUCUUUAUGACGCUGCAGAGGCUGGCAAUUUUGAAGUUGUUGAGUUUCUACUUGAUAGAAAUGCAUCUGUACAUAUUCUAACUGACACUGGCGAAACAAUACUUGAUGGUCUUAUUGAGUACUAUAAUAGAGGCUGUAGCACCUUAUCAGCAGAAGACAAAGAACAAUAUCGGUGCCUGAAAGACAGGCUUCAGAAGCUCCUUGAUAAAGAGGGAAUCUCCUCUAAAUCAGAAAAACAAAGUGAGCAAGGGAGUAAAGAGUCCAGAGCUGGAAGGAAGUCUAAGUUAUCUCUUAAACGUACAUCACCUAAUAACUGCGCUGGGAAAUUAAGGAGAUAUGUGGAUGCAGACAUCGAUGAGUAUCCUAGUCACAGAAAGAGGUCACUGAGAGAGUUAUCCCCUGUUUCAAGUCCCAAGUCCCCAGCCUCUGUACUUUCAGAUGAUGGGAGCUUAGAUGAUGAAGGAGAGGAAGGUGUAUCAGAAUACAAAUCGGCUAUUCAAAACCUGCGGAAAGUGGCAGAAACAUCUGUAAGCCAGGAGCCAAGGAAAAAGAUAACCCAACCUUUGCUCUCUGAAAAUGAAGUUGUGGACGAUUGGCUUGAAGAUGACAUGGGAAAAGAACCCUCUAAAAAGCGAAGGAAGUCUGACCAGUCUGUAUCCAGUUACUCUUACAGACCACUCUCUUUGAAAAGGAAAAGUUCUUCACGGAUCUCUCUUAAUAAUUGCUCACCAGAGAGACCCCUGUCUUCCUGUUCUGUUGAUGUACGAGAAAAUACUAGAUUAUCAACGGGAUCUCGACAUUCAGAUGUAUUAGACUCUUCAUGUAGGCUUUCUGAUGGAGAUGAAAGCAUUCAUAUAGAAGCAAUAAAUGAGUUUGAAAACAGCUGGUCACAUCCUCCAGAUAUAUGGUCAAACACUCCCCAUUCAAAAGUGUCUCAACCAUCUCUAUUGGCAUUUGGUGUGACACGGCACCAUGGAAGCCAGGUUUCUGUACCCUCUCAGCAGUCAAUUCCUGUCUCUCAGCAUCCAAUUCCAAGCUCUGUGAAUGUUAAAGUUGAAGAGCACCGUCUAGCCAUUUUUAUUCAGGAACCUACACUUACUAUAGGAUGGCUUGCUGAAGAAGCUGCUAGAAGAUAUAAAAAGUUGGGAGGGUGUCUCCCUGUUUUGGAUAUUUAUUCUUUGGAUGGAGCUCUGUACUCCAAAGAUGACCCUGUACAAAUGGUUCUUGGAGCAGACGUAAUUGGUCAAGCAACAUCAUGGAGUGAUACUUCCAUCGCAGAUAGAUAUAAAGAAGCAUGCCACUUAUUCUCUUGUGAUAAAGAUGAGAGCAUAUCUUCCCUCUUAGAAGAUAGUCAAGCCACACAUUGUUUAGAUAUUGUGGAUAUGGUUUUGCCCACUCGCGUUUUUAAACCUAUUAUCAAAGCAAUAUCUAUGGAGCGAAAUUUAUCAAUAAUCAACUUUGCGAAUAAUAUGCUACUUGAUGAAGGUGUUGCUGACCUUUGUAAGAAUUUAGGGAAAUUGUGCAACCUAACUCAGCUAGAUUUGUCGGGAAACAAUAUUUCAGCACAAGGAAUCAAUGAAUUAGCCAAGGCUGGAGAGAAAGGUUACUUAAAGGCUCUUCAAAGUUUGAAUCUCAGUCAUAACAACUUGGGUGAUGCAAGUUUAUCAUACUUAGUAACAUUGACUGCUUCUACAAAAUAUUUACGAAGUCUCGGUUUGGCUGACUGCUCUUUUAGCAGAUCAAUAUGGGACAGUUACGACAGGCAAUAUUUGACUCUAAGUAAGUUGCAGAGUCUAGACUUAAGCCAUAACAAUUUACAUGCCAAAGGUCUGGCAGGCUUCCUUGGAUUCUCUGAUCAUCAGGAAGAGCGGCGUAUUAAUCCUGCUCUUCUUCAAAACCUUUACUUGAUUGGUCUUGGUGGAGAUCGUUUGUGUCAAGAGUUAUUGCUGUUCUUGGAGCAUGGAAAUUCAGUUGCUCUGAGAGAACUGCAUAUUUCUUACUCUUCUAUGCAAGAUGAAGAGUUAAGACAAUUAUUGAGUGUCUUGAGAAGUGCUCCUGAAUUGCACACGCUGAGGCUACCUGCUGCCAAAACCCUUAGUGCUGACACCGUUUGUCAGUUAUUACAACUGUCAUCACUAAAAUCAUUGGAAAUUCACAACAAUAGAAGCAUAUGGAAUAACAGUGACAACCACAGGAUUGCUAGUGCUGUUAAUCAUGCUGCAAGUGAAGCAUUGGAAAGACUCAUCUUGAGAGAUCCUCCCAAAGCUCUUGCUGAAGCAUGGCGUACUGUUAAAGGGCUUUACUCAGCUACUCAAACUGCAGCCUUUGGUCUCCAAGUAUUUACGACAAUUUCUUGUUAAUGUUAGAUACUUGGUUUUAAAGAUUGUAUCUGUACCUCCGCAAUGCUAACUUUUCAUAAAGCCAUUUUAAUUAUUUAAAAAAAACUUGUUUUCCGUACUUUGAUUUAUUUUCUGACAAGUGAUUUGUUUGUAGAAGAGGGGUUACCAAAUUUUCCUUGUGUUAAAAAGUUUGAAAAGUUGAUGGUAAUGGUUAUAUUUUGGAUUUGGACCCUUAGAAUUUGCUAGGUUGACACAGCAUAAACAUACAUGUAAUUGCAGCAUAAAUGAGAGACAUCAGAUGCUAUGAAACUACAUAAGUCAAAUUUAUGACAGUGUAUACAAUAUAUUGUAUACACUCCAGUGUAUGACAGUGGAUACAAUCAGUACUGUAUUGAGGAUGCAAUAUCACAAAUGUAGGUUGAUUUAAAUAGAUGACAAUGUUAUUAUUUUCCUUA